CGCUGCUUACCCCUACCCACAAACCUCAAUUUAGAUGCUUCAGAUUAUUAACAAAAUUUCUGAAGAAAAGAAAAGCAAGAAAUUCUUUUCACCCAUCUACGCUGUGAAAGAAAAUGCAGACAUGAAAAAAGAAAAAGCAUCAAAAUUUAGAAACAGGAAUGAAGAAAGCCCUCGCCUUUUAUCCGAUAAGCGAACGUUCGCAGACACUGUAAACCAUUCUCCAGUCUGAGUUGUUCUUUUCGGAUUUAACAACUUAAUUCAACGGCCCUUCUCGAGAAUUUUCAAACCCGCACAUAUAUAGUAUAAUAAUAUAGUGUUAAAAAAAGUUCGUAUAUUUUUCCCUUUGUGUUUCCCCCUGAAAAACAAUGGCGGAGGAUGAAGGCGAGGCGGGGGAAGGGAGUGGCAAUGGGUUAAUCUCAAGAAAUAGAUCCGGGCCGUCCAUCUGGCUGAGCAAUUUCCACCGGGAUCUGACGGCGGGGGCGGUGCUCGGGGGCGUGGUGCACACGAUCGUGGCCCCCAUCGAGCGGGCGAAGCUGCUGCUCCAGACUCAGGAGAGCAACAUAGCGAUACUGGCCGGCGGGCCUCACAGGAGGUUCAAAGGGAUGGUGGAUUGCAUUGUCCGUACGGUGAGGGAGGAAGGGAUUCUGUCCCUGUGGAGGGGCAAUGGAAGCAGUGUCAUCAGAUACUACCCUUCUGUAGCCCUAAACUUCUCUCUCAAGGACCUCUACCGAAACAUCCUACGCGGAAAUUCUCAGCAAGGCGACUUCACCUCCAACUUUCUAGCCGGGUCCCUCGCUGGCUGCACGACCCUCGUCAUCAUCUACCCGCUCGACAUAGCCCACACCCGCCUGGCGGCAGAUCUCGGUCCACCCGAAACCCGCCAAUUCCAAGGCAUUCGCCACUUCCUAACCACCGUCUAUAAAAAAGACGGGGCCCGGGGAAUCUACAGAGGCCUCCCUGCUUCACUCCACGGCAUGAUAAUCCACCGAGGCCUCUACUUUGGAGGGUUCGACACCGUCAAGGAGAUGAUGAUGAUGUCAUCAUCACAAGCUGACGUGGCGCUCUGGAAGAGGUGGGCCGCGGCCCAAGCGGUGACGACUGCUUCGGGCCUGGUCUCGUAUCCGCUGGACACGGUGAGGAGGAGGAUGAUGAUGCAAUCGGGCCUGGCGAAGCCCAUGUACGGGAGCACGCUCGAUUGUUGGAGGAAGAUAUAUAGGAUGGAAGGGCUGGGCUCGUUUUAUCGUGGGGCCCUCUCGAAUGUGUUUAGGAGUACUGGGGCUGCUGCUGUUUUGGUUUUGUAUGAUGAGAUCAAGAAGCUCAUGAACUGGACUGGGUUGUAGAGUUUUUGUUAGGUCAUUAUUAUUCUUCUUUUUUUUUUUUUUUUUAGUUCUUUUUAGGUUUUAGCUGUGGUUAAAAGAAAAAAGAGAGGGUUUUAUUAGUUUAGAUGAUCAGUAGAUGUUCAUAUGUGAUAUGACAAACAUUUUUGUGAGAAAGAAAUUGAUAUUAGCUGCCAAUUGAUCAGAUGAAGGUGUAAUUAGACACUAGAAAGUGGAAAAAUGACCAUGGUGUGUUUCUUGGGAAUUUGGGGAUAAGGGAAUGAUUAUACAGAUAUUUGCUUUGGGGUAAUUUGAAUAAAGAUUAGAAAUUUGUUGGAGAUUUUAGUGGAUAAAAAUGUGUGUUUCUUUUCUUUUGUUUGUAAGUUUGUUAAAUUUUUUAACUGUAUAAAAAUU